AUGAGGCAUCUAGUCACAGCAUCCCUGUUGCUCCUGGCGGCCGCGGGAGGGCUUAUGGGCGUGCGUGGGCGUCCUCAGGAUAUGAGCGCGGAGGACACCCACAAGAGAUACAUCUUGGCGGAUCCACCCAGGCGAGAGCACCAUUACCACUAUUACCAUCAUCAGGCCAAUCCCACGCUCACUGACCCCCGUGUUUUCAGGCUGAACAGAGGAACUUUAACCUGUGGGGAGGAGGCGCAGGCGGAGGCGCAGGCGGAGGCGCAGGCGGAGGGUCUGCCGAACGUCGUCCCAAUCUCCCGUGGCAGACGUCGCCAAGGACUCUCGUUCCCCAAGAGAGUCGAGACCGAUUCCUUUCGCGCCAGACCAGCGACCAAGACCGCGGCCGAUCGGACGGGGGACCGCUUCCCUCCCCCGAUAACGGCACAGACCAGGACCAAAGACAAAAACAAGAAUAAACAAAGUCAGUUCUCAGAGGGUGGACACGGCGACGAUUUAGAACUCAAGAACACUAGGGGACUUGGACUCGUAAGGGACUUGCCUUCACAGACGAAGAAACGUGACAAAACGCACAACAGGAACAGACAAGACACAGAAGCUGACGCAGACGCAGGCAGAGACACAGACGCAGACGCAAACAGAGACACAGACGCAGACACAGACAGAAACAGAGACACAGCUGCAGACUACGAAACGACCAACAGUGACGCCAGCACUUCCGAAUACUUCGAGGAUCUUGAGUACCAAGAAUCCGACCUGUUUUACGACUACCUCUAUUCCGAGUACCUGGACGAAGGCGUCGACUCAGACACUCAGACAGGUCCUAGCAGAGGCCAGACAGGUCCUCCGGACUCUCAAGACGAAGACGAAGGAAGUCGCCAAGACGGGGAAGACGGGGAGGUAGACCCAGAGACAGACAGUGCAUGGUGCUUCGCUAUAUUUUGGACAUUCCGUUUUGAUACUGCAUUUCGCGAACACAAAGCUUCAAAUGACAUUGGUAUUCGUGACACAAAACUCCCAAUAGCAUUGGUUUUAGUGACUCAAAGCUUCAAAGGACACUCCUCGACGUCUGAGAGCGUAGUAGGAUCCGCUCCAUUGCCCUUCCCUGACCGCUCCUUCUCCCGCAGGACCCCGACUCACAAGCGGCGCCCCCCGCAGCGGCACAACCUGCGGGUGCACUCCUUCCAGAGCACCUUCCCCUUCGAGUCGGAGGUGCGCGGCGAGGGCUACCACUCCACCAUCCGCUUCGACCCCUUCGGCAGCUCCUUGCCCCCGCAGAGCAGCCACUACCCGAAGAGCCAGACGUACGGCAACUGGGGGACGACGCGGCGCCCGAGACCCGUGGCGUCGGCGGAGGUGCCUCCUCCGGUCCCCAUCCCCGCGGCCUACGCCAGCGCCGAAGCCUACAGCAGCGGCGAGAGCUUGGGUCGUCUGCCGCUGGCGCCGACGGAGUUCCCGAGGCCCUUCCCUGACCCCUCGAUCCGGGCGUCGGUUCAGAGCUCCGGGUACCCGAGGCCGCCGCCCGCGCGCCCUUUCCUCAACCCGGGCAACCUAGCGGGGCUCCUGGAGGGGGGCAGCUUGGGGGAGGCCAGAGCCCCGAUCUCGGCGCCGGCCGAUCUCGCCACCGCGCCCCUGUCGCCGUCCGCGGCCAGGGAGGUCGCCUCGGCUCGUCCCGCGCCCGCAGACGUCGACAUCGACUACCCCAGCGUUGCCAACGUGUUCGACGAGCGGCCGAGCCAACCUCGCGGCGAUCAAAUUGCCGCGAACGAAGGCAGUAACGAACCCCAGCACGAAGCUCCGGGUCACAACGAAGCCGGUAACGAACCCCAGCACGAAGCUCCGGGUCACAACGAAGCCGGUAACGAACCCCAGCACGAAGCUCCGGGUCACAACGAAGCCGGUAACGAACCCCAGCACGAAGCUCCGGAUCACACCGAAGCCGACCACAACUCUUCGGCCGGAAUUGCACCCCAAGCGUCAAUUGAGGUUGCCGUUUCGACCCCGCCCCCCCCUCCUGCCGACGCCGAAGACCAGGGACAGAACCCCGACCCGUCGCAGGAGUCCCUCGCAGACGAUCCUCUCACUCCCGAAGGAUCCAGGGUCGACGCAGCACACGACUACGAUCCCGAUUACUACGACAACUUGUACGACGAGUUCAUGGACAUGUACUACGACCAGACGGGGACUGACGGAGGCGAGGGGCCGAGCAGCGCCCCCGCUCCUCCCGAAGGCCACGAGGACCAGCCGGGCCGCAGUAUACCGUCGACCACAACUUCUUCAAGUACAAAUCCACCUACGACAACAUCCACGACUACACCAACAACUACCACGUCAACCGAGCCUCCCACGACUACGACUACAACAACAACCACAACAGAGCCUCCCACAACGACCACAACAUCUACAACGACACCGCCGCCUACGACCACCACUACUACUACUACUACAACGACCACGACUACAACUACCACCACAACAACACCCCCGCCCACGACUACCACCACAACCACGACUCCUGCAACGACAACAACCGCAAGAACGACUCCCACGAGCAAGAACGCAGCUGUGGCAAGAGGCGGCACUCCCAUCAGCCUCUCGGAGAUCCUGCAAGGCAUGGGCAUGGUCCUCCCUCAGUUCCUGGUGGCGCUGACGGGCGAGGGCAUGUCCCUGAAGGAGUUCACGGCGCGUCUGCAGGCCCGGGGACUGACGCAGAGGGAAUUUAGCAGCGUCAAGGGGAGCAUCCAGGACCUCCUUGCAAUGCUGAAAGAAGGUGACAGCGAAGAGGCUGAGGAGGAGCGGACUGAGAGCACGACCACCACGAGCACAACGACGACGACCACCACGACCCCUGCCACGACGUCUGCCACGACCCCUGCCACGACGUCUGCCACUUCCACGACCACCACGACCGCCAGGCCGACGACGACCCGCCCGACCGCGCCACCUCGUCCGCCCAAGAUUUUUGGCUUCCUGCCCGGCGGGAGACAGUCCUUCGAGGGCGCGAGGAAGCCGGGGAGCUCGUCCGCUGGGGAGGGGGCGGGGCGGGGCGCGGGCGCGGGCGUGCAGGCGAGCGAGGAAGGGGCCACGGAGACGCCUGCGGGUGCGGGCGCGGACGAAGGCCAGAGCCCCAUCCCGAUAAAGGUGGACCUCGCGGCCAUCAUGAAGGACAAGGGCCUCUCCGCGUCCGACAUCCUGCACGACCUCGGCUCCAUCUUCAGCCUGACGGACAGCGGCCCCCCCAAGGGCGGCGCCGCGAAGGACAAGGCGAGCCCGCCCGAGGAGGGGAGGGGCCACGCCGACGAGCAGGGAGGCGACGGGGCCGAGCCGCGGCCGCGCCCCUACACCACCCCCGAGACGCCCGUGUCCCUCCGCCCGUACCGCACCUCCGCGGAGUCCGGAAGGCGUCCCCCGCGGCCCUACAGACCCCUGGGGCACGAGGGCGGCCGUAGCGGCGACAACUACCGUAGGAUCCUGACGAACCGCUUCCAGACGACCGAGCGCACGACCCUGCGGCCGCCGUACGUGCCCCCGCCGUACAACCCCGAGAGCGACCUGUCCUCGCUGCUCGAGGUCCUCCACAACUCCGGCACCAACACCGAGGACGGCAGCCUCUCCUUCGGACUCUCGCGCGCCGGCGACAGCGCCUCCUACGGCGACGAGCACCGGUCGCGGCCCCUGGAGGACGACUACUUCCCCCUCUACGACGACGACCCCAACUCCCUCAACAUGUCCACCAAGAGCGCCAUCAUGGCCGCGUCCAUCCUCGGCGGCGUGGCCAUGUGCGUGUUCCUGGCCAUCCUGGUGGUGGUGAUGUACCGCGGGCGCGCCAGGAACCGCCGCGUGCCCCUCGCCCUGCCCAGCGACGCCUCCUCGUCCUCCACGCCGCCCAUCUACUCCACGAGGAUGAGCGUGGGCAAGGGCGCCUACAAGUCCGCCGGCUUCUGGGGGACGCUCAAGAAGAGGUUCGACCCCUACUCCCUCAGCUCCACGCCCACCACCAUGUCCUGAGCUCUGCGGGCGUCAGGGGACGGACUCGUGCGUGCGGCCGUGAGGGGACCGAACUCUUGCUCGUGGGCGUGAGGGAUCGGACUCGUGCUUGCGGGCGUGAGGGACCGAACGCGUGCGUGUGGGCGUGAGGGACCGGACUCGCGCUUGUGGGCGUCUUACUGAACUUACUCACAGAGUCGUUGCAUUACUGUGGGACAUUUUUUUGCCAUAAUCCCAGGGCGUGCGAGGUGGUCGUGUGUUGAAAUGUUUUGCAAUAAUUCUUCCGGAGCAACAUUGUGUUACUGCACCACCUGUUGCCUUGCAAUAGAACUUCUGACGGAUAGUGAAGCUUCGAAGAUAUGAAAAUGCUCUUGCUAUUAAUAUUUUUGUUAUCAUUCCCAUCUUUAUUAUUAUUAUCACUAUUUUUAUAAUUAUUAUUACUAUUUUUUAUUUUUUCUGUUAUUAUUUUUAUCA